ACACUCUGUUAUAGAGAAAAUAUCAGAAAUACCAGUAGACGUCUCAAAUUUUUAUCAUAGUCCUGUUUGAGUUGAUGAUACAAAUUUAGGACUCAGCCCUUUGCUUUGUGCGAUCAAACUUCAUGGUGUCAUAGAAGAAGAAACAGGGUGUUUUGUUGACAACGUGCCGAUUAUUUGCUAUCUCCUUCAGCGUGGUGCAAACCCACUGUAUCAGGACGAAAUUACAGGCAAAAGCAUGAUUCAUUACUGCGUGGAAAAAGCGGAUUAUACGCUGAUUGAGAUAAUUGCGUCCUGUUUGCCCGCAGAAAUUUUGUACCAGCUCGUCAAUUUGGCGAUGUUCAACGGCGACACCCCGCUGAUGCUGCUGAAACGGCUCAGCUGCUGCGGUUCCUCGGCUCCUAGUCUAGAAGUGAAGAGGAAGCUGUUUCAAACGCUGGUGCAGUGCGGCUCAGACGUUCCAGCCGACUCGUUGGAAGACUUCCAGCUCAUUGAGGACCACAACACAGUGUUUUGA